AAUUUGAAAAGGGUAAAUUAACCUUCAUUUCUUUUCAAAUCCUUUAUUCUACCACAUAAAGGUCCAAGUGGGCCAAAAGGCCCAUUUAAAAUCAGCAGACAAUGUGAAAGUUCUAGUUUUGGCCCACUCAAAAUCAGCGGAGACAAUGAGAGAGUUCUAGUUCUUCCAUGGUUACCAAUAUCAACCUUCUUUCUUCGUCUUCAAGCCAAAACCCCACUAUAGGCUUGAAAAGGUAGAACAAGAACAUGUCGACUCUCCCCAAAAUUGAAACUGUUCUGUCAACGGCAGCCUCUGCCAUUCUCUUCUGUUCCAUAGCCAGAAAUCUCAUCCCCCAAGCCGUUGAGGAAUACCUGCAUUCAACCCUUCAAAAUAUAUCAGCCCGUUUCUCUUCUCAGCUUACUGUCAUCAUUGAAGAGUUCGAAGGCCUCGCUGUUAACCAAAUGUUUCAGGCUGCUAAUCUAUACUUAGGCUCCAACUUAUCUCCCAAAACAAGAAGGGUCAAGGUGAAACCAGAGAAGGAGAAGGAACUGGCAGUUACUAUUGAUAGGGAUCAAGAAUUGGUUGAUGUGUUUAAAGGAGUGAAGUUGAAGUGGGUUUUAAUUUCUUCACACAUUGAAAUGCCUGUUGCUUCUAACAAGAAACGCCAUGACAGUGCAUUGCCACGAUCUGAGCUACGAUGCUUUGAGCUGAGUUUCCAUGAGAAGUAUAGAGACAUGGUGUUGAGCUCUUAUUUACCUUACAUUCUUCAAAAGGCGAAAGAAAUAGAGGAGAAAAAGACACUGAAGCUGCAUACAGUCGACUAUAAUGGUACUGAUUACUGGGGAUCCAUCAACUUUCAUCAUCCUGCAAAAUUUGACACAAUAGCAAUGGAUCCAGAUAUGAAGAAUACGCUGAUUGAGGAUCUUGAUCGAUUCAUAGCGGGGAAGGAGUUCUAUAGCAGAGUAGGGAAGGCUUGGAAACGUGGGUAUUUGUUAUAUGGACCACCUGGAACAGGAAAAUCAAGUUUGGUUGCUGCCAUGGCUAAUUAUCUCAAGUUUGAUGUUUAUGAUUUGGAUUUGAAGGAGGUUCAAUGCAAUUCGGAUUUAAGAAGAUUGCUGAUUGGCACGGGCAAUCGGUCCAUACUAGUGGUUGAAGAUAUUGAUCGUUCUUUCGAGUCUGUGGAAGAUAUGUCUGUGGAAGAUAAUAAGGUUACUCUCUCUGGUUUUCUGAAUUUCAUUGACGGCUUGUGGUCGAGCUGCGGAGAUGAAAGGAUUAUAGUGUUUACAACCAAUCACAGGGCCCAGCUUGACCCAGUAUUGCUAAGACCAGGGCGUAUGGAUAUGCAGUUGCACAUGUCUUACUGCACUUUUAUUGGUUUCAAGAUACUUGCAUCAAACUAUUUGCAUGUUCAGGAGCAUCAAUUAUUUGAAGAAAUUGAACAUCUGUUGGAGAAGGUUCAGAUUACGCCUGCUGAAGUUGCAGGAGAGCUAAUGAAACAUAAAGAUGCAGAUCUUGCACUUCAAGAACUAAUCAAGUUCCUCCAAAACAAGCUAACAUCUAUAUUGCUGUAGGCAAAGCUAAAAGACCACAAGCAUCAAUAGUCCUUAGGAACUUUUUUCCUUUGUAGGAAAAGAAAAUGCAAGCAUUGUCUUGGUCAUCAACAUAAAGCAUAAUAUGCUAGGCUUUGCUAGUAAAAUUAUCAAAGACAGAUUAAUUUC